CACUCAGCGCAACUCGCUCUUCAACAAGGAAGUGCUACAGGCUGAGGCAUGGAUCAGAAGCAAACUGCAGGACCUGAAGGAGGGCUGUAACAUUCAGCGCUGCCCCCUGCAGGACUGGGAGGAGGCCUCACAGACGCUCCAGAGGGACCUCAAAGACUUUGAGAACACGCUCAUUCAACUCAACCAGAUGGGCGAGCAGCUGAUCUGCAAGCUGAACCCCACGUCCGACCUGGUGAAGAAGCAGCUGGGCCAGCUCAGGGACCAGUGGCAGACCCUGAAACUGACAGCUGCAAAUCAGACCAGGGCCCUCGGAGGGGCCAAGAACCUGCAGGAGUUCAACAAGAAAGUGGACAAGCUGGAGGCAUGGAUUAAAGAGAAGGAAGAGGAGCCGUCUCUGGUGAACGUCCUGGGGGAAAAUGUUGACAAAAUGCAGCUGACCAGGAGAAUUUUAGAUCUAAAACAGGAUGAGCAGCUCUACAGAAACCUCCAUGAGGAGAUCAACCACUUGGCUCUAAAGCUGGAGAAACAGGGGAAGACAGAUGGCAAAAACAUCUCCACCAGGAGGAAACACAUCAAUAAAAUGUGGCUGAAGGUCCAGUCUCAUCUGAAAAACUACCAUGCAAAUCUUCAGCUGGCUCUGGAGGUGUCCUCCUUCUACCAGCAGGCUGAUAACACACUGUUAGCCAUCAACAACAUGAGGAAAAGCCUAUCUGCAUCUAAGGAGUGGGACGGCUUUGGCGACAGAGAGAUCCGUGACAUUGCCAGUCAGAUCAUGAUGCUGGACGUGAGCGUGUCCCAGCUGUCCAAUCUGCAUCCUGCCCUGGCCGCCGGCGUCACGCAGAAGCAGAGUGAGGUGAAGGACUGCUGGGCACUUCUUCAUAAAGUUUUCAGGAGCGACAGGCCCGCGCUCUCUCCCACUGGUUCCACUUUCACCAGGGAAGACGCUGACCCCCUGACACUGGCGCGUGAACCCCAGGGCAAUGUGGGAACGGAGACACAAAGGAUCAUGGGAAAGGAGGUGAAGGAGGAGCAGAAUCGUCUGAAAGGCUGUGUGAGUACUGUUGAAUGUGAUAAUGGCAGGAGAACGCUGUGCAGCCAGAGCCAGGAGCAGCCAUCAGUGAACCACACCUCUCCGCCUGUGGGAGACAGCCCCGCGAGUGCCAAUGAUGUCAUCGUCAGACAUCGACUGAAGGCAGAGAGCAGGAAGCCCGGAACGGAGCCCAAACUCGCCGCUGCCCCUCCAGGCCACCCACAGCUCCACACGCAGCUUCAGAAGUUUACCAUAUCUGCUGACAAGACUCUGUCCUGGCUGAAGGACAACGUGUCCAUGGCCACGCAGGUGUGUUCCAUCGCAAGCUUGGAGGGCCUGGAGGCAGCCAGGAGGUGUCAGCGCACCCUGGAACAAGACAUCCUCACCAACAGAGCCAGGAUAGAAGUGGUCAAAAGGGAGGGCCGCGGGCUGGUCCGAGCUCAGCACGCCGGCAGCGCCAGGAUUGAGGAGUUCCUCGGCCAGCUGGACGUCCUGUGGGAAGAACUGCGGAGGAGGCACCAGAGGAACGCUGUGUUUCUGCAGGCCUCAGAGGAGCUGGGUUUUAGGGUUGUGAAGGUGCUGCAGGCCCUGGGCAGCCUGGAGGCAUGGCUGGAGUCUGUCGAACUCUCCAUGAAGGAAUCUGCACUCGCCGGUGACCCUGAAACGAUGAGCGUGGCGGAGAGGGAGAGCUGUCUGCUGGAGAAAGAGGUUUCAGCGCGCAGUCUGGAGCUUGGCGCUCUGAGGCAAGAGGUGGACCUCCUCCACGGCCACAGUCACCCGCUCACACAGUGGCUGCCAGCGCGCAUGGACGAGGUGGAAAGAAAGUACCAUCGUGUCCAGAGCGCCCUGACCCAGCAGAGCUCCGAGCUGCAGGACACACGGAUGCUGACGGAGUUCCUAGAGCGCGUGGAGCUGGAGGAGAGCCAGGACGGUUGCCGGUACAGCCUGGGCCAGCCUCUCCACGGUGAGAUUUCCUCCGCUCCAUCAUUACUGGGACUCCAGGGCAGUGGUGGCGGUGGUGGUGGGGAGCCCCUGCUAGAAACCAUGGGAGACCCUGUGGAGGAACUGCGUGAGGCCGUAGAGAUGCUGAACGACACUGUGAGGGAAAGAGGGCGAUCGCAGAGCCACGACCAAGCCAUCCAGGACCUGCUGAGCAAGCACGCCGGGCUGGCUGUGCGCGUGGAGGAGUGCUUGUGCUGCGGCAAGGAGCUCGGCCUGGACAUCCUGGAGAGGGAGACGGACUUGGCCAUCCAGUGCGAGCCAGAGCGCUGCGGCCUGGAGGCUCUGCAGGAGAGGCAGGACCACCUGGAGAUUGACUAUGAAGUCAUGAGGGAGGAGGUGAAGGAGAUGGAGAACCUGGCCUCGCGGUUGGAGGAGCUGUGUCCAGAGAGAGUGCACGUCCUCGGGGCAAAGCUCCAGGCCACGCGGCAGGCCGGGGCCGAGCUGGGGAGGAGCGUCGCUGAGAACAAAUCCCGGCUGCGGGAGUUCGUGCAGCUCCAGGACUUCUUCAGGAGCUACCUCGCCAUGAUCUCAUGGACAGAAGACACCAGGUCGUGCAUUUUCUCAGACACCGCCUUGCAUCCUGGGAAGGACGGGCAGAGGCCGCUGGCUGCAGAGCUGGACAUGCAGAUUGAGCUGAAGUUUGAGGAGUUCGAUGAGCUGGCGGCCGCAGGGAGGAACCUUUUAGACAAAGAGCACCACCUCACACAGAUGGUGAGGGAGCGGUUGGAGGAACUGAGGAGUAUGCUCGGGUGGAUCCUGGUGCACUGGAGGGCUCAGAAACAGCAGUGGCUUCACAAGAAGAGCAGACAGGAGCUCUCACAAGACAACAUUUAUUCUGAGGCGACAAUGUGCUCCACAUUAUCAGAGCUUCCCAAACAGAUUUCAGCUCCUGAUCUACACGUCUACGAGUCCCAUCAGUCCUCGCUCGUUACCUCAGAAGACGACAAGUCCAACGUGUCAGGAGACAGCCGACCCUCGUCCCUCGUCCCCAGACAAACCGAGCAACAGGAAGAGGAGCAGUUAGAGGAUGGGUAUGAGGUCAUGAACAGUAUUGGACCACGGGGAGGUGAGGCCUCCCUCUCAGAGUCUCCCAAACCCUCCAUCGUGGUCUUCAAAGAGCCCAGCAGCCCGGCUCUCGGGGGCACGGUCAACCUCAUCCUCAGCUUUGGUAACACAGGGGACAGCCAGGUCCAGGUGCUGGAGCCCCCUGCUGGGGCGGAGGAGGUGGAGGAGGACACGUCUGAGCCUGUGCACAGGGUGAGUACCUACUUGCAUGUCAAGGAUAACAACUUGGCUGCGGCCCCUGUGUAUGAGAGUAUCACCUUGCCCCGCCAAAAGAGCCGCUCCGAAGCCUCGGGCUCUCCAACUUUCCUGCCAUCCUCAUCCUCCUCACUGCCUUCCUCGGCGUCCGCACCUCAGACGACCAACGUGACCUUCCGCCCCUCGACCGGGAGCGGCAGCGGCUUCCUGUUCAGCAGCCUCAAGAGAAUGGGCAAGAAGAGAAAGCGGAAGAGAGACGUUCGCAGACACACCAUCCAGAAAAUCAUGGGAGUGGAGGCCCAAACUGACGAGGCGGCUCAAUACGGGUGCAAUUCCAUGACAUACGACACACAAACGUGGCCGCUGAAGGAAAACAGGAGGAAGAGGAGUCCCCCAAAGAGCCCAGCCGGUGGGAAUGGAGUGGAAGCUAUAGACUAUAUGAAGAAUCCUCUGUUGAAGGACAUUGAUACAGAGUGUUCAGGCGAAUACAGCACCAUUCCAUAUGUCGUAUCAGAGGGGCCAAACCCGCUAUCCUCCACAAGUCAGGUGAGGAGCCACUGCAGAUUCCUCUCUUUGGGCUCAGUGCUGAGCUUUGAGCUGCCCAAGGACAUGACUCUCAUCCCCAGCAUCCAGGACAUCAUUACAAUUGCACCCCCUGAGUCCAAAAAAGGAGCAGGGACUGAUCCGGACCCCCACUCUCAGAGACACUCAGCCCUGAGCUCCUUCAAACAGACUCGUCCCACUGCUGCCAUCACACACGGCUCCUCAGAGGUCAGCUUUACUGAAACACAGACUCCGACCCCUGUAGUGAAGGCUCCGUCUGAUGCGGACAAGAGUUCCCAACCCCCAGCUCCUCUUUCCCUGCGAGAAGAUGAGGUUCAAACCAAAUCAUGCAAAAUCCAGUGUUGUCUGCGGAAGGCUGCAGGGCAGGAUGGGGACAGGGAUGCGACCAGUCAGCCCUCCGAUCUCCCUAUUUAUGUGAACCAAGCCAAAAGUACAGCUGCCCACAAACACGAGUGCCUCAGUGUCCACACGCGCAUUAGAGACCUGAAUGGACACCAGUAUCACAAAUGUGCAAGACCCCAUAGUGUGCGUGAAGUGAGCCCAGGGCUCCAGUGCCUGAGCCAAGCCUCUCACAUGGUGGUGAAUCUAAAGUCAACAGUGAGCGUGAGCGUUCAUCAGGACUCGGUAGACUCCGGGAUCUCCACGCCCCCCCGCAGCAUCAAGGUUUGCGCUGAAGCACCAUGUCCAGAUGUCCCAGUGCCUAAGGUAGUGGUGGGGAGGCUCGUGUCCCUGCAGGUGGGAGGAAUAGACUGUUCUAAAACAAGACAGAACAACACAACACCCUUAGGUCCAUCUGCAGAGCAGCAAACAGAGCCUGUCCACCUGGACCACCAGCAGUUUGAGGAGGAGGAAGAGGAGCUGGAGGACAUCUGGAAUCAGACGACUAACUACAGACAGAGCAUCUGCUCAGAUAUCAUGUACCAGCCCAGCCAGGAAGACUCCGUACCCUCAGACAAACCCGACGUUCUUCAUUCUCGCGUGCCUUCACCCAAGACCCCGGAUGUGCUCUACAGGAACCUGGUCACCGCCUCUGCACCCAACCUCCUUGUGGCCGAGUUCAAGCUGCCGUCCCACGUUCAGAGCCUGCUGGGCUACGACAAGGAGCAAAGGGGCAAAGUUCGCCUCCCUCCACUGGCCUCAGGAGACAGGAGGUCCUGGGCGGCGUUUCCGAACAGGGAACCAGCCAGCAAGACCAUGUCAGUGACAGUGAACGAGACGGCGUCCGAUCCCAUGAAGCUGCCGGACGUGGGCGACAGUCAUAGAUACAUUUAUCAAUACAGAGAGGAUGAGGAGGAGAAGGAGGAAGAGGAGUUGGAGGAGGCAAAGGACCAGUCAAUGAGUCUGCUGUCGGUUCACAUGGAUUUAGACUCGGCCUGUCAGCACAGAAAAUCCUCUCGAAGCCUCGAGGACAUGGAGAAGCAGGACCAACUAGUGGCCACGGGAGGGCGCUGUUUCACCCUGAGCGGGAAGCCGGACCUGCAGUCGAUGGAGGGAACGCUGGAGAGGAAGCACAAGCUGCAGCUGGGAGGAAAGAAAGCAGCCUCCAGAGGUUGGAGCUCCUACCACGCCGUCUUACAUCGACACACCCUGUGUUUCUACCAGGAUAGAAAGGAUACACUGAGGAGUUCUGCAUGUGGCCUCCCGCUGAACCUCCUGGGAGCCGAGUGUUCACCUGCGCCAGAGUACACCAAGAAACCCAACUGCUUCAGACUACAGCCUCGCGACGGGUCUGAGUAUCUGCUCAAUGCCCCCUCACGCUUCAUGAUGAAGAAGUGGAUGAUGAAAAUACAGGCAAACACCGGUCAAAGCGAGUCUGUGUCUUCAAUAUCAAGUGUGCCUGUCGAUCAAGGCUUCCCGGUUUCCUUAAAUCCGUCGCUCUGCUCCGGCUGUCACGGCCUGGCCAAAUGCCACUGCUCCCCCCGCCGUGAUGUCACCUCCACGUUCCCCAGGCGCAAGCCACCGGGCGCCGCCCAAACCAAAGAGAUCGUUGUCCUCACCAGAGAGUUCAGUCAGAUGCCACCGAGUCCUUUGAGGAGUCUGGACGAGCACCCGACUGUCUCCUCGUCACACGGAGGCUGCUGUGAUGAUGAUGAAGGCCGAGCGAAGCAGACGGUGACUCACAGACUGUCGGCAGCCUCCAGCGCUCUCACCUCCUCCUCCCCUCACUCCCCCGUGUUCAGCGGCCAGGACUGGCUCAGCAACAAGCGCCGCUCCCACUCCUUCACAUCAGCCACCUACCAGAGGAUCAGGCCCCUGCUGCACCCAGCUGGAGGCCUGGAGAGAGGCUCCAACUACUGUGUGACCCUGGUGGUGGGAGACAAGUCGUCAGACGGCACGUCCACAUGCAGGAGCUCGGAGUCUUCGGUGCCGGCCGCGGCUGAGUGGCAGCAGGACGCCGGUCAGGACCUUGCUCUCACGAGCUACGCCAGCCUGCCGCGGCCACGCAACAAGUCCGUCUUCAAGAAGUUCUUUGGGAAAAGGGACCUCUGAGUUUUUCUUUUUAAAUGAUGAUUUUACUAAUAAAAAUACAUUCUAAUGUGCAGUGCACAUACUGAAUAAUGCAAAGAAGACCCUACUACUGACUGUAUUUAUGAUUGGAGGAGCUAUACCAUGGUUUUAUUAUUGAGGUGUUUUAUAUAGAUCACUAAUGGAAGGACACGUCCUUUUAAUAGGUUCUUUUUUUAUUUAUGUCUCUUUUUUAAUUUUUGUUCUGCAGUUGAAAGUGACAGUAUUGUGUGAUUGUGACAUUCAUAGAUAUAGAUUAGUUUAGAGAAAAAUACAUUUUCCCACCAGUCUUAAUAUUUGGAUUUUUUUAUGGAUCGUGGUGUUAUUGUUAAACCUCCUUACUCAGCAUAUAAUACGUUUAGAAAGCAGGGAUAUCAUCAUGACUAAGUUAUGGCUGAGUAUUAACAAUAUAUUAACAUCAACAAAAUAUAUAUAUAGAUCAUGACAGACCCCACCCCUUCACGUGUACAUGUGUGUUUCACUGAAAUAUUUUCUUCCUAUUAUACAAAUAGCAGUUUGAUACUGCUAGAGCUUUUUUGACAUUAUCACCUUUUAAAUACUCAUUGUAGAAAAGACUAUUCAUAAUAAAACGAUAAAACCGAU